UUCAGCCUCGCUUGGAGGGGGAGGAGCAGUCAGGGAGGCUGUGCUCUGCUCCCAUGUUGAUGUUUGUUGUUUGCGAGGGUGGCAGCACUGUGUGAGUGUAGAGGGACACCAUCGGAGGGGUUGCCGACCGGCCUGCCUCCACGAUUCAUGGACAAUGCUGCAACUUUCCCCCCCAAAACCGCGGCCGAAUGGUGAAGAUUGCUGGUGAUUAUUCGCCGUGAACCGCGAGGCGGUGAGGCUCGGCUCGUCGCUCGUGAGUCAGGAUGCUGGAGCUGGUCUGAGAGCAGCCCCGUCGUGCGGUCUUUUCCUCUGGAUUUCUUUUUUUUAACCAACUUCUCCAUCGGCGACGAGCUGCCAAUUUGUUUUUAUCUGUAAACUUUAAAAAAAAAAUGGUGUUCUUCGCUUUGUCGUCGGGUCGCAACAAACCUGGAUAAGGAGAGGAGUCGCUACGUGACAACACCCCGCACGACGGCCAGCACUACUUUCCUUCGCUGAGGCAGCGCGUCAACCGCCGCUUUUAGCGGAACAACACCACCGGGCACAUCUGCCCAGGGAUUUAUCCAGCUGUGGGGAUUUGAAUCAUCAAUUGAUGCAUCUCGGGGUAUCAGAGUCCAUGAGAGAGUGCGAGUACAGCCAAAUUAGCACUCGCAGCUCCACACCAAUGGAGACACCUUACAAGAAAAGGACCCCAAAGAGGAGGAAGUGGGAGUCCUUCCCGGGUCGGAAUAAAUUUUACUGCAAUGGGAGGAUUAUGAUGGCAAAGCAGACAGGGGUUUUCUACCUCACCCUUGUCCUUAUUCUAGUAACUUGUGGACUUUUCUUCACCUUUGAUUGUCCGUUCCUGGCCAAGCAGCUGACCCCAAUUAUCCCAGUCAUAGGAGGUGUGCUGUUUCUGUUUGUAUUGGGGACGCUCCUGAGAACCAGCUUCAGUGACCCAGGGGUGCUGCCCAGGGCCUCCUCAGAUGAAGCAGCUGACCUGGAGAGGCAAAUAGAUGUGGCUAAUGGCAGUACAGGCUACAGGCCUCCUCCCAGGACCAAGGAGGUGGUUAUCAAUGGCCAGACAGUCAAGCUGAAGUAUUGCUUCACAUGCAAGAUCUUCAGACCUCCACGUGCCUCCCACUGCAGCCUCUGUGACAACUGUGUGGAGCGUUUUGACCACCACUGUCCCUGGGUGGGGAACUGCGUAGGAAGGAGGAACUACCGUUUCUUCUACAUGUUUAUCCUCUCGCUCUCCUUCCUCACCAUCUUUAUCUUCUCCUUCGUCAUCACACACAUCAUUUUACUCUCCCAUCGAAGAGGGUUCCUCGAAGCACUUAAAGAUACUCCUGCCAGUGUGCUGGAGGUGGUGGUGUGUUUCUUUUCGAUCUGGUCCAUAGUGGGCCUCUCAGGCUUCCAUACCUACCUGAUCAGCUCCAACCAGACCACCAAUGAAGAUAUAAAAGGUUCAUGGUCUUCUAAAAGAGGGAAGGACAACUAUAACCCCUACAGCCAUGGCAAUAUAUUCACCAACUGCUGUGCAGCCCUGUGUGGACCCCUGCCACCAAGCCUCAUAGACAGACGGGGUUUUAUCCAAUCGGACAUGCCACAGCUGGCACCACCAACCAAUGGCAUCUCUAUGUACGGGGCCACCCAGUCUCAGCAGAGCCACAUGGCCGCCGCCACGCCUCUCCUCCAGCAGCAGAGCAGCGAGCCAGUCAUCCUGAUGGCCUCCCCUGAAAACGGAGGCGCUUUACCCGGCCGAACUUCCCUCAUCCUGGGCGGCCCCUGCACCUCACUCCCCCUCGGCCUGCCCACCCCUCCAACGUCCACCCCGAGCCUUAGCUGCCACGAGGCCACAGACAUGCUGCCAAUGCAUGGACAUAGCCACACACACAACCACAGCCACCCCCUCCAAGACCCAGUGGCCCACCACCACUUUCUCACCCCAGAGGAGGUACCCUCGCCACCAGGUAUGCUUCCCUGCGGCAGCCCCAUGGGUCACAGCCACACUAUGCAGGCAGGCUUCUACAACCCAGCCAGCCAGGACUCAUUACACGAGGACUCUGUCAGAGGAUUGGUAAAGCUCAGCUCUGUCUGACAAUGGGAUGUAACCCCCCUCCUCCCACCGCCUCCCUCUUGAAACAUGUGUCCAACCCGUGAACGUUUGGACCAGCUCGCUUUCACCCGGAAUCGGCUUUCCUAACUCUCCUCAGCAGGACUUGAGAACUGAAAAGGGCUGUGGUUUAAAUUCAGCUGCUAGAAAACUGAAUGGAAUUUAACUGAACCGAAGUGAAACCAGUUGUCCUCAGCCAAUGUCUUGUCGGACCUCUCCGUUGGAACAGGGAGCGAUGUUUUCUAAUGUGGUGACCUGUUGGACAACUCCGACAUAUGCUUCUCUUUUUUCUUUUCUUUUUUACUUCAAGGGAAGCAUAUGCCAUUAUCUCCUUGAAACUGGAGAGGGGAGUUUCUUUUUCAGAGUGGCAGAUGUCUGUGAGCCAUGUUAGGCAAAAAAAAGAUGUUUUGACAGUACGUGACAUUUUUGGUCGAAAUUAUGAAUUUCUGUCUGGAUCACAGGUCUGUUUUUUUGUAAAACAAACUUUAGCCGUUUUGCCUGUUGCUGAUUGGAUAGUGUCUUUUGCCUUUUUUUCUUAGACAUUCUCAGCAGUGCAAUGGUUCAUGUCAUGUUGCAUAUCAUCCUGCUUUUUCUAUGUAAAACAAAAACCAAGAGACUGUUGUACUGUACCAUGAUUAUUACAAAUCUUACAAAUUAUUAUAUUUCUUGUGGAUAUUAAUAAAACACCAACUUUUAUCGGAUAAGAUUGCAUUAAUAUUGAAGUUUAAAAGGCAUAAUGUGUGCUAAUGUGAGUCAUGUGGCAAUAACAUGUCCUUUAAUGUUCAUCUUGUGACUAAUGCCUGUGGUCAGUAGGCAUAAGACGGUAUUAAAAAAACAAGCAUGUCCAAUGAAUGUUGCUAAACAUUUAUGGCUGUUCAAACAAA